UUUCAGCAUUACAGCCUACUUCCCAGAAGGCCAGUCAACAUCUAUCGUAGGUCGUGUGGGGUGCGGUAAGAGCAGUCUUCUCAACGCUCUCCUCGGUAACAUGGAACUCGUUUCCGGUCGUAUCAACAUCAAGGGUCGCCUGGCGUUAGUUUCGCAGCAGGCUUGGAUCUUUAAUGCUACUUUACGGGACAACAUUCUCUUCCAUCGUCCCUACGACCCUGAACGAUAUGCUAAAAUAAUCAAGGCCUGCGCACUCGAACACGAUCUCAAGUUGCUGCCCAACGGGGAUCUCACGGACAUCGGAGAUAAAGGAGUUAACCUCUCAGGGGGCCAGAAACAACGGGUUAGAGCCUGCUAUGCUGAUGCGGACGUCUACCUCUUCGAUGAUCCCCUAGCUGCUGUCGACACUCAUGUGGCCUCGCAUCUGUUAAAACACGUUCUUGGUCGAGGGGGUCUUUUGGGUGGUCGAACGCGUAUUAUAGCCACACAUCAUCCUAGUGCAAUUGCAGCCUCUGAUCGCGUGAUUGUUCUGGAUUCUGGUCGACUGGUUGAAUAUGGCAGCUACGCCAGCCUCAGCAGACGGCACACCAGUCAUCUCAACGCCUUUCUACAUAGUGAAGAGCUUCGACAGCGACUGAUGUCAGAGAGUGAAGUGGCGUCAGAAUCGCGACCACCGUCGGCUGCAGCAGCGGCAUCCGAGAUUUCGGUGCCUUCGAGCCACCGCAGGCGACGAACUUCAACAGAGUCGCAUCCCAGUUCAUAUGUUCCGCCUAGUGAUUUAGCAGAUCUGGCGUUAAUGGAGGCCGAGUCUUCGGAUUCGAGAGGGAACGGUGAUGCCGAGCCCUUCCCA